AACAAAAAAAACGCCUCAACUAGAAAAAAACGUCGUGACGUCUGCAGUCGUAAAACAACGUCAUGUCUGUACAAGCAGCUUAUGGCUUAGCCUGAAAGCUAACAUCUUAUUUUUGUUUUUUGUUUUUGUUUAGUUUGGCGGGUCGGCUUUUGUUCUAGAUGGAGACCCAGAGCCUACCAUGAAACUCCGGGUACAGAAUGACAGUUGUUACGUAAAUAUGGCCGUGAUCGUAACUGCAGCGGGACACACUCUGACCGAGGCUCUUGUGUCUUAGGAGUGAUUCCAGAAGAGUACAGAAACUGAGGGAGUCUCCUACUGUAAUGCAGCCUAAUUCAACUGAGCGGGGUGGUCAUGCGGGAAAUGGUUUAUCCCUGACUCUGCAACCAGAGCUUUUCACCAGGGCACCUGUCAGUGGUGCUGCUGCCUCCGGCCCUGAGAGCGGUGAGGUACGAGUACCCAUGACCGGUGGCCCCGGAGAGUCCAGUGGAGGUGCCCCAUCCAGGAGAUGCAGGAUCAACUCCCACAGCCACUCGCAUUCACAUUCACACGCACAUAAUCGGGCGCCCCCUUCCAGUUCAGAGCCCGAGCUUGACCCGGCCGAGUCCGAUCUGGACUCUGGAGAACCCAGCGCCUCUCUUUCUGAGCUACGCUGUCUCUUCCGCUGGCUCCAAAAGAGUCUUCCUUUCCUGGUCAUACUGUGCGCUAAGCUGGUGAUCCAACAUGCUCUAGGUUUAGCAGUUGGGAUUGGCCUCUUCACAACCUUUCUGUAUGUGAAUAAAAACAUUCAAACUCAAGUCUUUCUUCAGGAUCGUCACUCAAAACUGCAGUGCAUAUGGCUGCUGCUCUUCCUGAUCUCCUCCACCUUACUGCUUUACUACACCUUUCUCACAGAGACACUUUAUCAUUGCCUCAUCCUGCUCAGUCCAGCCAUUGAGCCGCUGGGUUUCUGGGAGACACUCUGGGCAGUCGGCAUCACCAACUUUGUAAUAAAAUUCCUCUGCAUGGGAAUCAAGUGCCUUAUUUUGCUGCUGCCCUCUUCACUGGUGUCCUAUCGAACUCAGGGGCAGUGGCUCAUGUUGACUGAGGAACUGGGUCAAGUCCACCAGGCUAUAGCGCCUGUUCCACUGUGGUUCCGCUACCUAGUCACCUACCAGGAGACAGAAGGCACCCCUGGACUUACACUCGGGGUCCUGUUAGCUUUGCUCUACCUCAUACUAAAGCUUUUAGGAUUGUAUGGUCAGUGGACGUCUUUAAUGAAAACUGGGAGACUGUUUCUACGAGUCGAGUGCACAGGCACAGCAGCCACGAGGAGUCAGUGUAAUGAGGCUGGAGAUGUCUGCCCCAUCUGUCAGGGAGAGUACAGGGAGCCACGUGCGCUUCUCUGUCAGCACAUAUUCUGUGACGAAUGCAUCGCUCUGUGGUUCAACCGGGAGAAGAGCUGCCCCCUCUGCCGCACAGUGAUCACAGAGAAGGUCUACAAGUGGAGAGAUGGAGCCACGUCUCCACACCUGCAGAUUUAUUAAUGAGGAGCAGAUGGGAGCUGUUCAGGUGUGGGAUACUGGUAUUAUUUUGUGACGUUUCGUGGCUGUCAAGCCCCACUGACAGAUAAUGUCGUACACACUGUUUCAUUAGUCAGUUAAAGGCUGGGCUCCUUGCUGGCCGAGGUCAGUAAAGGUACACAACCAUAGGCACGUUUCUGGCUUCUUAUGUUUUUUCUCUUGUUAAGUCUCCAGCAAAGAAUUUAUUAUUCUCACAGAAAUUAUUUUCUCACCCUCGAGUAUUUUUUUGAUUUAAGUCGUUUCCCUUUGUGUUGCUUUUCUUCACCUUUAGUCUUUGAAACUUUCCUCGAGAAUGAAAAUUUCAUUACUUCCAAGUUGUUUUUUCUGUUUUGUGAAUAUAGGAGCAUAAGAGAAUUACACACAGCAUUUUCCUUUACAUCUGAACAAACACCUAGCACCCGAUCCCCGUCUUGUCCAGUGUUACUUAAUUUGUGAUCGCAACUUUUCCCAUUCAUCCAAACGAAUGCGCUGAAUAAAAGCAUCUGCUUUAGUUGUAUCGUUCAGUUUGAAAACAGAGCUGACCUUCUGGAACGACUCAUAGUUAUAAUUACACAUUAAUAUGUGCACACAGUAAACGUCUUGCUUUCAGCUUGUUUGGGGGACUGCAGAUGAUUGAUUGUGAUACUGAUUUACACGUAAAUUAUUUUUUUACAGGGCUGACGUUGCCCCGUUUUUGUAAAAACCAAAGACCGGGAGAAACAUCUAUUUUAUGUACAAAAAUCAUGUCACUUAUUUUUAUCUGCUCUGAUCCAUAAACUCUGAUUAAAGAUCUACAUCUAAGUU